GUCACCCCGCCGUGCUUUCAGCCUGAGACUCGGGUUCAUGGGGGUCCGGAAGAGAACGCGCACGCCGUGCCAUGUUGUCUAGGCUCGCGUUAAACCGUGGCGCAGAAUAGAAGGAGGGAAGGAGGGCGAUGUAACCUUUGUGUUUCCUGCUUCUGUUUUCCCCGCACAAUGGAGGGAGCGAGCGCGAAAGGCGCGGAGGAGAAGCCCCCGAAGAAGGUUCGCUUCCGAGUGGCGUCGGCCAACAGCGGCCGAAUCCUCAAGGAGGUGUUUAAGGACGAGGGCCCCGCGGGUUCCCUGGACUCGGACGGUACCAGCGGCUCGGAGGCGGAGCGCGGCGGCGCGGCGGCGCCCGGCGAGGCCAACGGGCACCUGGGGGGCCUCCGGGGCCCCGAGGCGGAAGACAGCGGGAGCGAACCCGACGACCUGCUGCUGUACGCCGGGGGCGCCGCCCGGGACCGACCCUUCGGCACCAAGCGGGUCAACAUCCUGAGCAAGAACGGGACGGUGCGGGGCAUCAAGCACAAGGUGAGCGCCGGGCAGGUGCUCUUCAACAACCUCGCCAACGUCUUUGGGCCGCCCGUCAAGCUGGAGUUCGGCCGCAUCGUCAUCUACACGACCGGCUUCCGCGUGGUGCGGACCACGUUCGAGCGCUGCCAGCUGGUGCGCAAGAUAUUCCAGAACCACCGGGUCCGGUUCCUGGAGAAGAACGUGGCCCUGAACAGCGACUUUGGCAGGGAGCUGGAGGAGCGGUGCCGCCGGGUGGGGGAGUCGCCCUCCCUCCCCGUGGUCUUCAUCGAUGGACAUUUCCUCGGGGGAGCCGAAAAAAUUCUGGGGAUGAAUGAAUCGGGGGAGCUUCAGGACCUCCUCAUCAAAAUUGAGAAGGUGCAGCACCCCCACACGUGCCCCACCUGCGGGGACUUUGCCUUCAUCCCGUGCCCCAUGUGCCAUGGCAGCAAGAUGUCCGUGUUCCGCAACUGCUUCACGGACUCCUUCAAGGCCCUCAAGUGCACCGCCUGCAACGAGAACGGCCUCCAGCCGUGCCCCAGCUGCACCCUGUAGGACCACGCCCCCUCGAGGAUGCGCACGGGACAGCGCCCGAACACUCGUAUACGCAUCGCUCAAGAUAU